GUGAUAAAAAGCGGAGCGAAAUGUCAAGCGAUAUAAAUUAUUUUUCUAUAAAUUUGACAAGUACUCAGAAAAUUAUUAAAUACUGCAGUUGUUUUUUUAAAUAUGCGCUUGACUGAACUUGAAUCAAAUCAACAAAUAAAAUCAGCACUAUUUGUUUACGUCGGUCAUUGAUGUAAAAGGUUUCAAUUGUGUGGUUUUGUGCAAUAAUCUCAAAUUUUACUUAACUUUAGAGCAUAUGGGACAUGCUAAAAGUCUACAAAACUCAUUUCCAUAUCGCGUGUCGAAACUCGUGGCCGAAACAUGAAUACUGCAGUGUCACUUUAAGAUACUAGAAAAUCAAUAAAUUGUGUCCUGCCUGCAGCUUGGUUGCUAAACGUCCACAAAAUGAAGCUAGAUAGCCUUUGGGCGUGCAAUUGAGUACUUUAUAUCUCUAUUACUUUAUAAAAACCUUUAGUUAUGUAGUUUUUUCACGAAGAACUUUAUAAACUUUUAUCAUGGAAGGUAUUAUAGCGCAGAGAGUGACGCCUCUACUGAAGUGCGUAGUGUUAUUCUUAUUCAUUUUCACGGCAAAGGUGCUCACGUCGCGGCCCCACGAGAGCCAAGACGGGAAAAACAGUAUUCAACACCUGAAACCAUCACAUUUUGUUAGGACUUUCACCAAAUAUCAUCACAGGAGAACCAUUCAAUGGAACCAAGAGGACUGGCCGUCAGAUGAGCACCCAAAAGUUAUACAGAAAAGAAACGCGGAAGUCGCAGAAUCAGAUUCUUAUGAUAAUUACCAAGAAAAUUGGGAUGACCAUCAAAUUGUGAAACGGAACCCAGACAUUCCAAAUUCAAAUGAGUUUAUUUCGUCAGGCAAAGGAAGUUAUCCUUUGAGCCUAUCUCAGAGUCUUAGAGACAACAUUGGUGUUGAAAAAACUGCUAUUUCUGGUGGAAAUAAUGGGGCUAAAAAUGGCUUAUCUAAUGAUGUAAAGAAGUAUAAGGUGAAGGCAGCACAUGUGCCUACAGACCCUCCUUCUACAACCACAGGGCCCACUAUUACUUGUUUGUAUAAGACAAAUAGUGUUGCCAUGAGCGUGACUCCGUCUUAUGAUGAUGAUAGCAAUGCUCAAUUGAUGGUAGAAAAUGAGAAUUUUGAUACGGGUCCUAUCUCCAUGACAACCUUGCCGUCCGGUGAGACGGUGCAAGUGGAACACUGCACGGACGCUCGGGCCUACUGCUACACAUUGUGGCAUCAGGAUAACGAUGGGAAUGUCACUAUCUUUGGCCAGGGUUGUUGGCGCUCGUCCCGCGCGGCUGGUCGCGGCGGCUGCGACCGCUGCACGCGGGUGACACCCCGCCUGCCAGCCACUAACUUCUGCUGCUGCACGAUGUCUUACUGCAACACGCACUUCUCAUAUCUGGAAGAAGAACUAGUCCCCCUGAAGGCGGAGUCUCCUCGCGAGGGCUGGUCGCGGCGUGCCGGCUGGGGCGGAGCCCUGUCCGGGGCCCUAGCGCUCCUGGCCGUACUGGCUGCAGCCGUAGCGCUGGCGAGGCUGUACUGCCGACGGACUACGCCUCCUAGUGAUACUGAGAAAGCGGAUGUGAUGGGCAGUGGUCCGGACGCGCUGGCUACUGGCCUGUUGUGUGUCGACAACCUCACACUAAUUGAACACAUAGGCCAGGGUAAGUUCGGGUCGGUAUGGCGCGGGACGCUAGGCUCCACCUCGGUGGCGGUGAAGCUGUACUCCAACGAGAGCGCCUGGCAGAAGGAGGCCGCCAUUUACGCGCUGCCGCACCUCGCGCACCCCAACUUACUGCGCUACUACGGCAGCGACUCCCGCACGUCGCCGCUGGGCGCGCGGUCGCAGCUGGUGGUGCUGGAGCUGUGCGGCGGGUCGCUGCGGGCGCGGCUGCAGGCGGCCCCGCUGUCGUGGCCGCAGUACGCGCGCCUGGCGCACGGGCUGGCCGCCGCGCUGGCGCACCUGCACUCGCACUCGGGCAGCAAGCCAUGCGUGGUGCACAGGGACGUGAACAGUAACAACGUGCUGAUAGUCAACGGGGAUGCACGCCUCGCCGACUUGGGGCUUGCGCAGGUGCUACCACCGCGCAGCCAGCCCAGCCAGCCUAGCAGGAUCGCUGAGGCGGGAACUCUCCGCUACCUCGCCCCGGAAGCCCUAGAAGGCGCCCUAGACCUCUCCGAAGCCCGAGCGGCCCUAUGCGCAGUGGACGUGUUCGCGUUAGGGCUGGUGCUCUGGGAGCUGCUCUGGCGCUGCAGCGGGGCCCACGCGGGGGGCACCCCGCCCUACAUGCUGCCGUACCAGCACCAUGGCAUCCCGAACAAUCCUACAUUGCCCGUCAUGCAGAACCUGGUCUCCCGCAACAAGGCUCGGCCUCCGCUGCCCAAGCCGCCGGUGGCAGAGUGGCGCGCGCUCAAAAUCGCUGCCGACACUUGCGACGAGUGCUGGGACCACGACGCCGAGGCCAGAUUGACUGCGGUCUGCGUAGAGGAACGUAUGUCGGAGUUGAAGCAGCUGCUGCAGCCAACACGACCCCUGGUUCAUGACAACAACCUACAUCCGCAUCCGCCUGACGCCAGCGUCUCCCCUCCGGAACCAGACAAGAACUCGAACUGCACCGCGCAGCAGUGCGACGUCACCACCCCCCUCCUCUACCCGCAACCACACAUCGGCAGGAACGCCUGCAUAGAACGCAACACGCACACACACACCGCCAGCACCGUCGAACUCAUACAUAAAAGCUUAAAAGACAUCACAGCCCCACAAGACGCCCCGAGGGUACCGAAUUUCGAAGAAAACUGUCUUUCGGUUGCAAGGGUCAACCACCACAGACCAAUUAUACAUGACUACGAAAACUCUGACAGGCUGAAUGAUAUAAGGUCUUACCAACGACCGCUAGAUUACAUACCGAACGACGUAAGCACACAUGACGCCGAAAGACGUCCGAAACAGACCAACCUGUUGCAAGACGUCAAAAUUGAAAAACCAAAAUGGGGGAUUAAGAGGUUUUUCGAGAAAAAACUCGGGAAAAGUUCCAAGUUAGAGACCGAGGUGAAAUUGAUCCCGGAACAUAGUAAUGGUGUCGUCCAAAAUGGGCGAACGAAAACAUCGAUUGUUAACGGAAAAUGUGAGAGUCGACCGAGCAACUUAGUGUUGGAUCACGAGAAAUAUAAUUUCGAAAUCCCUUGCACCUUAUCGCCACCAAACAGAACGUUAUCCCCUACCAUGCUUAUGGAGUCAAAUUUAAAUCGAGAAAAUCGCGUCUUUGGUUUCAAAGAGCUCCCUGCUCGGGACGAAGAAAAUAAACCACAGAAUCAAAUAUUUGCCGUCAUAGUUCCCAAGGCGAAACCUCCAGACUUGACAAACUUAAUAGAAAUGCGAAACAAAGGUAGAGGGAGUUCUGAAAGCGUCAAAAACUCUAUCAGAACCUCAAUGUCAUCUCAGAGCAUAUUCAAAUCUGGACAUUCUGAGUCGGAAGAUUCUACGACUAAAAAGCGCUUGAGUUGCGACAACCGCAUCAUAACAGAUAACAGCGGGCGGUCUUCUCGAGCUAGUAUCAAUUUGGAGCUUCAGUAUUUAGACAAUAAUCCAGAUAACUUCACAAACGACAGCCCCUUCGACCUCAAUUCCGAUUGCUCGAGUAGUGAAGACGAACAUUUGAUGCUCCUAUCAGAAAAUGGCGGCUCAAAGAUCACGAUGCAGACCAUCAAACCUGAAAACUUGAACGACAAAAAGAAAUAUCAAAACGAGGUCCUGAAAGAGUCGAGCCACAAGACGGAAUUAGGUUUCAACUUCCAGAACAAAUACAAAAACUUCGAUAAUGAGUUUAGCGAUCCUAAUGAUAAGGAAAAUUUAGUAAACGGAUACAGCGGUGACAACCCUGUUUAUAUUGCAGCUUUGAACGGCGAAAUCGAUACGACAGACUUGAAGUUUCAGCAAGAAUUGAACGGGGACAGGAGUCCGAAGUCCCCCAAACCCUGUCUGAAGAGUCUGUCAAUAAAAAGGCAGCAUUCUCUGGAACAAGUCAGCGAGAUAUUUUCGUCCUCCAGCGAUUUGAAUCUGCAGAAUCCAGCUGGUAGAGUGAAAACUCCUGGGGACUUGCCGGUAGCUAUACGGAAGGCGAGGAGGGAUAGGGCUCUCCAGAAAGGUAGGGCUAAUGAGUGUAACAGAUUGAGUCUGUACGAUGACAGGAUGAUGUUUGGGAAUAGUUUGUAAGUAAGCUGGUGGCUGGUGCCGAUUCUGACAGACAGGGUGAUUCUUCGAACACUGGAACAAUGGAAGUCAUUGGAAGGAAAACUUGAAGUCAAUAUCGAAAGAAAGAAAGAAAGAAAGAAAGAAAGAACGCAAAAAUACGCAGAGCCGUGGUAGCCCAGUUGGUAGAAUGCUUGCCUCUCACUUUGAGGU